CCGAACCAUCUGAUAACGGUGUUUCUUUUUCCGUCAGAAAGUCGAUGUGAAGCAGUGUACAUACAUGUUGUUGUACAAAGUACAUUUUGCUUAAUUCACGAGGCCAAUUCCAGAGCAUCAACUGCACAUCCUUCAUAAUGCCUUCAAGCACAGCUCCACGCUCCCACAGCAUUGCCACCAUAGGCGCAGAUGGUAUUGGCCCGGAAGUUAUUGGAGCCGGUGUACGAGUGUUGAAGAAACUGGCACAAUUAGAUGGAUCAUUCAAACUACAAUUUAAGGACUAUGAUUGGAGCUCAGAAACGUUUAAACAAACAGGAAAGUAUAUUCCUGAUGGAGGACUAGACGAGCUCAAGAAACACGAUGCGAUUCUCUUUGGAGCUGUCGGUGCGCCAGAUGUUCCAGAUCAUAUCUCUCUAUGGGGCCUGCGGCUAGCUAUCUGCCAAACAUUUCAGCAAUACGCAAAUGUCCGGCCGACAAAAAUCUUUCGUGGAACUGCCUCUCCACUGCGCAAUGCAGAGCAUGGGGACUUGGAUUGGGUCAUUGUACGUGAGAACUCUGAAGGCGAGUACGCAGGCCAGGGAGGCCGCUCACAUAUAGGCCAACCAUGGGAGGUUUCUACUGAAGUCUCCAUUUUCACGCGUCACAGCGUAGAGCGCUUGCUUCGCUUUGCAUUCGAGACGGCGCAGAAAAGGCCAAGGAAGCACAUUACCGUUGUCACAAAGAGCAACGCGCAGCGCAAUGGAAUGGUCAUGUGGGAUGAGGUUGCCGCAGUGGUCGCAGCCGACUUCCCAGACGUCAAGUGCGAUAAGAUGCUCGUCGAUGCCAUGACCUGCAGGAUGGUACUGGAUCCCAGGUCAUUAGACACGAUAGCAGCGACGAACCUGCACGCGGAUAUCCUUUCCGACCUUGCAGCCGCUUUGGCGGGUUCGAUUGGCAUCGCCCCCACUAGCAACCUGGACCCUACACGGAAGAAUCCGUCAAUGUUUGAGCCCAUCCAUGGCUCGGCUUUUGAUAUUACUGGCAAGGGUAUCGCGAACCCAGUUGGGACCUUCUGGACUGCAUCCGAGAUGCUGGCAUGGCUAGGCGAGGAACAGGCAGCCCAGAAGCUGAUGGAGAGCGUCGAGGCAGUUACUGAGCGGGGUGUUGCGACUCGCGAUCUCGGAGGCAAGGCAUCCACAAAGGAGGUUACAGAUGCUGUAUGUGCCGAACUCGAGCGAAUGCACAAGUGA